UCAUACGUACCGUCCUGGCAGACCACUAAGAACUUAUUUGACUUCGGCAGUGACUUAUUUUCGUGUAACCGUUUAAUCGUCAUAAAUUGAGCUCAGACUUAAUUUACUACAAACGCGAAACAUUCUAAUUGGACUACACACUCGAGUUGUGUACUAUUAUUCAUUUAAUUAUUUUACUUUCGAGGACCUUCAGCCCCUAGUCGUCGAAGUGGGAAGCUGGUGGCAAGAGUAGGGGAUCCAGACUGUUGUGGUUCCACAGUGCCACUAACAAAAUGUCGACAUUUCACUUAUAACUCGAUCUCGCUCGAAUGUGUUAGGUAACCGUUUCCACACGGCUGCACGCUAUUAUUAUGUCUGGGGCGGCCGGUGGAGGCUCCUCUUUUUCGGGCGCAGCAGCAGCAGGAGCUAGCUGCAGCUCCGCCGGCGGCCCUCUCUACGCUGCGGCGUCCGGGGCAGGAGCAGGGGUGGCGGGGAGGCUUCCCGCUCGGGUCCUGGAGCAUAUCUUUUCCUAUUUGGAGCUCGCCGAUUUGACACGGUGCGCGUUGGUGUGCUGGCACUGGAGCAACAUUCUGGCGGAUGAAAACAGCGAGGUGUGGCGCAGCCUGUGCGCCCGAUCACUGAGCGACGAGGCUCUGCGGUCUGACAUCCUGUGCAACCUCCCUACAUACAGGGGCAAGCUCAAGUCUUACCAACACGCUCUGAGCUCCCAUGACUGCUCCCGCAACGUGUAUGUGAAGAAGAACGGGUUCACCCUGCACCGCAACCCCAUUGCCCAAAGCACCGACGGCGCACGGGGCAAGAUCGGCUUUUCGGAGGGGCGCCACGCCUGGGAGAUUUGGUGGGAAGGCCCCCUGGGUACGGUGGCGGUGAUCGGCAUCGCCACCAAGCGGGCGUCCAUGCAGUGUCAAGGCUACGUGGCCCUGCUGGGCAGCGAUGACCAGAGCUGGGGCUGGAACCUGGUGGACAACAACUUGCUGCACAACGGCGAGGUGAACGGGAACUUCCCGCAGUGCAACAACGCACCCAAAUACCAGAUCGGAGAGCGGAUACGAGUGAUUCUCGACAUGGACGACAAGACGUUAGCCUUCGAGAGGGGUUUCGAGUUCCUGGGCGUCGCCUUUCGGGGACUGCCCAAAGCCUGCCUGUUCCCCGCCGUCUCCGCAGUGUACGGCAACACGGAGGUCACCAUGGUGUACUUGGGGAAACCACUGGACGGGUGAACAUGGUGGACCACGAGCAGCUCGUCCAGUUUUUGGACUGUGAAUUAGGACUGCGUUUUAACUUCUGUGUCGUAAAGACAAAGAUACACUUUUGCAUUUGACACCAUUUUUAAAUUAGGGGGUUAGGACAUCUCAACAUCCUUUUCAGUGCUGACUUCUGCUUCAAAGUCCAACUAAAUUGUCCUAAACUGUGGCAACUGUGUAUGAAUUCACAAAACACCCAGCACUAAUCCAUGAUGUACGAUGCUUUGUGGUCUGACUGAUGAACUAAGCAGAGAAGUGCUGUUAAAAUCUGCCGUCAAUGCAUCCAAUAGUAACAUAAUGGUGGAAAAGUGUAUGUCUCUUAUUAACGUGUGUCCCUUUUAAUGUGCUACUGUAUUACACUAUACUAUUUAUUUGUGGGUUUUAUCUAUGGUACUACAGCUGCUGUAUGGUUUAAAAGCUGGAAAAUAAAGACAUUACACGGUGCCACUUUUGCAGCUAAUAUGCUUUGGUGUUCAAUUUGCACAUGGACAAAGUAAAUCGCCCAUGUUUGAUUCUUGUGCUGAUAUCAAUUAUAUUUUCCACCACAUGUCGUCAGAGGUAAUGAAGCAUCGAUAUGAACACUAUCCACAAGAGGUCAGUACAGUAAUGCUAUGCAGAAACCAUACACAUCUGCUCUUCUAUACUCACACCAUUUCAACUAUUUUGUCUUUACAAAGACAAUGCUCAGUUGUGAUGCUGUCUAUGUGGUAAUCGUGUGUUUAUUACGCGUGUGGUAGAGUAAUCCCUCGCCACUUCGCGCUUCAAAUUUCGUGGCGUCACUUUGUUUUUUUUAUAUUGUAAUGGCGGCUGAAUAAUAGCCACGGGAUGGCUGUUGAUCGAUCUGCCUUUUAUUUGCAAAAACGCGCAGGGUACUCACCUCGCAGGCCGAUAGAUGCUAAACACAACAUGAACAAUUAUCAACGCUUUCUAGUUCUCUUCUUCUACGGCUUACUUCCUUCAAAACCUGAACGUUACUGCCCUCUACAGCCCACACUCUGAACACCAGCCUAGCACUACACAAUACACCUGUCGCUACAAUACAGGGUGGGCCAAAGGGAGGGUUUUACAGACAUUUUACAUGUAUUAGAAUUUAGACAUUUAUUUACAUACAUUAUAUUUGCAUAUUAUACAUUUAACAUCGAAUAUUUAAUGUCAACCUUGCAACCAUCUUCAUAUCUGUCCAAAACCCUCUGACACACAGUAUGGCACAAAUUCCCAUCUCCAUAAAUGUCAGUGAAUGCAUCUGAAAUGUAAUCUUUCAAUUCAUUCAGUGUUUAGGGAUUUGUAUUAUUUUCUAUAAUUUAUGUCUAAAAUGUGAUUGUUAAGGUGAAACAGAUGAAGUAACUGUAACCCUACUUUUGCCCCCCCCCACACCAGUAUAUUAAUAAAUAAAUCAUUCAGUUUUGUGGUUGAAUGCGGCCUAUUAUUAGUUUUAUU